UUUAAGAAAAGUUAAAAUGGAUCAAAGAAAAUUAAUGGAAAAUGCAAAUACCAUCACCGAUAUGGCAAAAAUGCAGACUACAAUGUACGAACUUAUAAUAGACAUGAACCAGAGACAAGAAGCUAUGACAGAUCGAAUAACUUGUUUAGAAGAUAGAUUAAGUUGCAUUCAAGAGCAGUUGAGUGCUUUGCCCGGGGUUAUAUCUAACCAAUUAGGAAACCCAGUAACAACGACAACUACUACUACUACACCGCCGGCGACAACUACACAAGCGACAAAUACUCAGACUCCAGCACCUCGUUUCUGUUCGGCACAUCAGAGGCACUUAAAUCCCGAUGACGUCUCCGUAUCACUUUAUCCUAGGCCAAAUUGGCAACUUGGACAGUUUCCUAUGAGAAGAAGAAGAGCCUCUUACUAUCCGUUUGUCGGCAGUAGAACGCAAUCUAGUGAAAAUUAAAUUAUUUUUAAACAGGACACACAAAUAUUAAUUUCAAUAUAUAAAAAUAAACGUAUACAUAUAUAUAUAUAAAUAACAACGAAAUUUUAUUUAAUAAUUAAUUCCUAAUUACACGUGGCCUUGAUGUGUAAAAAACAAGGGGCAAGAUUUAAGGAAGAAUAAAGGGGUAAAGUCACUUUUGUUGACUUAACAUUUCCUAUUUUUCUGCAAGAAAAAGUUUGCUUUUAUAUUUUUAAUUUAAAUUAUUUAUAUUAUCGAAAAUUAUAUAAAUUUAUAAUAAAUAAAUAAGGAAAUGUUUUAACGUACGAUUGGCUCCUGAUAUAAAUUCGUGCGAUGUAAUUGGACAAGUUUAAAUUAGACGUUUUGAAAGGGCCAAUUAACAACGCUCUUUUACUGAUGCAAAAGUAUCAAAAAAAGAAAAGCCCAUUUGUACUCUGUACAAACGAAACGCAUACACAUCUUUUAAACAUAGUUCAAAGAAUCUCUACACAUUUUAAGGAUUCACUUCAACGGUCCCUACAUCGUGAAAAUAAGACGUGUAAAGUAUAAUUUAAAAUAGUUAAGUAUAUGUAGCAAACAGAUAGGAUACUCAUAGUUUCAUGCAAUGACAAGCUUCCAUAGUCUUGUGAUUGAAAGGACCGUCCAUAUAUAGAAUUUCACCUGGUUAACCAAUACAUAAGGAAAAAAAAAUUAUAAAUUUCCAUAAAACCCCAUUAUUUUUGGUUUACCUUGUGUGGAAAGUAGAUAGAGACAACAUUAAAGUAAUUUAUCUUUCUCAUAAUGAUAAUCAAUGGGAAAGAAGAGCAAAACAAAACUAUAUGCAAAAACUAUAUUUAUAUUUAUAAUAUUUUUUGCAAACAAUUCUGUAAUUGUGGAUUAUUUUUUAAACUUUUCAUUAAAAAAAAAGUACACGUCUGUACAUGGUUUGAAUCGUUGUUUCUCCGAUGGUUUUCGUUGUAAUUCAGUCCAAAAAGUCAUUCCAAAUUAACGUUACUGUUACGUUCUUUCGGAAUAAAUUUUCCAAUAUAAGAUAGAUUUUCUGUUUAAAAAAAACCCAUUGUUUUUUUUGAAAAGUCAUCAGAGA